AUGUCACCAGAGCUGUACAAAAUCUCCCCUACCAGUCUCAAGUACCUCGAGACCCCGGAACUAUGGAAGAUCAUCGAGUCAGACGGUGAGCUCGCACCCCAUGAAAAAGAAAUCGUGCAGAAACGCUUCAUUGACAACAACAUCUACACCGUACCAAGCGCCAGAGCCUUCAAAAAGCUGACUGGCCACUCAUCGGACCCCAUCGCUGACGUUAUCAGGUACGACCGUGUCAAAACCCUGAAGAGUCUCGUCGACGCCGGCCUCAACCUCCAGCACUACAGCCGCAGCGGCUGGAAGCUGCUCGGUCUGGCUCUGGCCUCCAAAGCCGAGCGCAUCUCGAGAUACAUCAUUGACACUUCCUCUCCGGAGGAGCUUUGCGGACGCAUAGGCGCUACCAGUGACUGCGAAGACGGCACGUUCCUCUCCCUCGCCGCGACCUGGGAUGCAUCCAUCUUCGCUCACCUGUGGGACCGCGUCCGGCACCUUCCCAGCAAACAGCGCAGACUGUCUGACGACGCCAUGUACUUGUUCAUGGCGCCCUCGGGCGAGACGGCCUGGCAUGCAGCGGCGGAGUGUGCCAACGAUUUGGAGUUUCUGAAGCGAAUCGCGGUUCGGUCGCCGGAAAGUAUCAAUGAGAGAACAGUGGACGGUGCGACGCCUCUCAUGUAUGCUGCGGCUUUCAACCAUUUCCCGGAAAUCGUCGUCUUUCUUCUCUCGCGUGGUGCUGAUCCAGCGCUGGUCAAUGCUGCAGGUAAUACUGCAGCUAGUCUGGCGCGGCGGUAUGGUAGCCAGGCUUUGGUGGAUUCGCUUACGGACGAAGAGUAG